CCAAAAUGUUAUGAAAGCACCAUUCGGGUAGAGCCUUUCGUACCAAUGAAUAAGUUGAGACUUCUUCAGAUUAAUCAUGUGAACCUGGAAGGAAAUCUAAAACUCCUUCCAUCUGAACUCAAGUGGAUACAGUGGAAAGGUUGCCCAUUAGAAAAUCCCACCGGAUUUUCUUGCUGGGCAACUUGCUGUUCUUGAUCUUUCAGAGAGUAGAAUAAGACGAAUCCAGAGUAUGCGUAGCAAAGGGGUUGAUGAGAACUUGAAGGUUUUAAAUUUGCGUGGCUGCCACAGCUUAGAAGCCGUUCCUGAUUUGUCAAACCAUAAAGCCUUAGAGAAGCUUGUUCUUGAGCGAUGCAACCUCCUGGUGAAGGUUCCUAGAUCAGUUGGUAAUCUAAAAACAUUACUUCAGCUAGACCUCAGAAACUGUUCAAAUCUUUCUGAAUUUCUUGUGGAUGUUUCUGGGCUGAAGCGUCUUGAAAAACUUUUCCUCUCUGGCUGUUCAAAUCUGAGUGUGUUACCAGAAAACAUUGGUGCCAUGCCAUGUUUGAAAGAGCUCCUUCUUGAUGGACCUGCAAUAAAGAAGUUACCGGAAUCCAUUUACCGCCUCGAAAAUCUUGAAAAGCUUAGUCUAAAGAGUUGCAGAUCUAUUAAAGAACUACCUUUGUGCAUAGGAACAUUGACAUCGCUGGAAGAUUUAUAUCUUGAUGGUACUGCAUUGCAAAAUCUUCCGAAUUCUAUUGGAUAUCUAAAAAACCUCCAGAAGCUACAUCUGAUGCAUUGUGCAUCCCUUUCCAAGAUACCUGACACUAUUAAUGAGCUCAAAUUGUUGAAGGAAUUAUUUGUCAAUGGAUGCGCAGUGGAAGAGCUACCUCUAAACCCUGGUUCACUGCAAUGUCUGACUGACUUCUCAGCAGGAGGUUGCAAUCUUUUGAAACAAAUUCCCAGUUCAAUUGGUGGUUUAAAUUCUCUUCUACAGAUACAGUUGGACAGGACCCCGAUUGAAACUCUACCAGAGGAGAUUGGUGCCCUGCACUUUAUUCGCAAACUUGAGUUGAGAAACUGUAAAUCCCUGAAGUUUCUACCUGAAUCAAUCAGAGAUAUGGACACACUCCAGAGCUUAUAUCUUGAAGGCUCUAACAUAGAGAAAUUGCCGGAAGAUUUUGGCAAGCUGGAAAACCUAGUUGUACUCCGAAUGAACAACUGUAAAAAGCUUAAGAGGCUUCCUGAAUCAUUUGGAGACUUGAAAUCACUUCACCAUCUGUCUAUGCAGGAAACUUCGGUGACAAAGUUGCCAGAAAGUUUUGGGAACCUUUCAAAUCUAAGGGUAUUAAAGAUGUUGAAGAAACCUCUUUUUAGAAGUUUUGAAAGUGAAGAACCUCAUUUUGUGGAAGUACCAUAUUCGUUCUCAAACCUCAUGUUGUUUGAGGAAAUGGAUGCUCGUAGUUGUGGAAUAUCCGGUAAAAUCCCAGAUGUUGUUGAGAAGAUGUCGUCUGUGAAAAUACUGAAUCUCGGGAAUAAUUAUUUUCACAGCCUUCCAUCUAGCCUCAAGGGGUUAUUAAAUCUCAAAAAGCUUUCAUUGUAUGACUGCCGAGAGCUCAAGUGUCUCCCUCCUCUUCCCUGGAAACUGGAGCAGCUAAGUCUGGCAAACUGCUUUUCGUUGGAAAGUAUAUCCGACUUUUCCAACCUUAAGGUAUUGCAUGAGCUCAAUCUCACAAACUGUGAGAAAGUGAUUGAUAUUCCAGGCCUAGAGCACUUGACGGGUCUGAUAACAUUAUACAUGAAUGGAUGUAACUCCACAUUCUCCCUUGCAGUAAAGAAAAGACUCUCCAAGGCUUCUUUGAAAUUGCUGAGGAAUCUGAGCUUGCCUGGAAACAGAAUCCCGGACUGGUUCUCACAAGGCCCUCUCACGUUUUCAGCUCAACCAAAUAGAGAGCUAAGAGGAGUAGUCCUUGCUGUUGUUGUGGCUCUUAAGCAGGAAACGGGAGAUGACUACCAGCUGCCUGAUGUGUUGGAGGUUCAAGCCCAAAUUCUCAAACUUGGCCUAGCCUUAUGCACCCACACAUUGCACCUCUCUGGAGUUCCUAGAACAAGUAAUGAUCAACUCCACAUCUGCCGUUACUCAGCUUUGCACCCAUUGGUUAUGACGAUGAAAGACGGGUAUACCAUCCAAGUGAUCAAAAGACAACCGCCAAUCAAACAAGGCGUGGAGUUAAAGAUGCAUGGGAUUCAUCUGGUUUACGAAGGGGAUGAUGAUUUUAAAGGCGAAGAACAUUUAUUAACCGAGUCACAGUUAACCGUCUCUCAGAAGCUUGCCAAUUUUUUCAGAUCUUUCGACGAAGGUGAAGCCAGCUCAGAAAGUGAAUCUACUGUUACAUGAUCUGCUACCCACAAAGAAGUUAUCAAACUGCUCACAGUCAAUCUUAUCGAUACAAACCGUUGUUGCUCAGAUAUGAUGAUGUUUCCUUCAAACAAGUAAGCCACUAAAUAGAAACACUAAAAACAUUUCUUUAUAGUUUUCCUACUAUAUUCCCUCAGAACCAGACAUAUUAAGGAAGCUAUGAUGAAAAAAGAUGAUAAAAAUUCAAAUGUUAUAACCUUCAUUAUAGACUAUUGUUUAUUCUUUUCUUCACUGCA